UGGACCCGGACGUGAGCCCCCCGCCGCCGCCACCGCCCCGGCCGUCGCCACCCGACGUGUUUGCGGGCUUCGCGCCCCACCCCGCGGCCCUGGGCCCCCCGACGCUGCUGGCUGAGCAGAUGAGUGUGAUCGGCAGUCGUAAAAAAAGCGUGAACAUGACCGAGUGCGUGCCGGUUCCCAGCUCGGAGCACGUCGCUGAGAUCGUGGGUCGCCAGGGCUGCAAGAUCAAGGCUCUGCGUGCCAAGACAAACACGUAUAUUAAGACACCAGUGCGUGGGGAGGAGCCGGUCUUCAUCGUGACUGGCCGCAAGGAGGAUGUGGAGAUGGCCAAGCGCGAGAUCCUGUCGGCUGCGGAGCAUUUCUCCAUGAUCCGCGCCACACGCAGCAAGGCGGGAGGGCUACCAGGCACUGCCCAGGGCCCGCCCAACCUGCCAGGACAGACCACCAUCCAGGUGCGCGUGCCCUACCGAGUGGUGGGGCUGGUGGUGGGGCCUAAGGGUGCCACCAUCAAGCGCAUCCAGCAGCGGACGCAUACAUACAUCGUGACGCCUGGGCGCGACAAGGAGCCGGUGUUUGCCGUGACCGGCAUGCCCGAGAACGUGGACCGGGCACGUGAGGAGAUUGAGGCGCACAUCACUCUGCGCACCGGUGCCUUCACUGACGCUGGUCCUGAUAGCGACUUCCAUGCCAACGGUACCGAUGUCUGCCUAGACCUUCUUGGGGCAGCUACCAGUCUCUGGGCCAAGGCCCCCAACCCAGGACGGCGGCACCCCACAGCCACAGCUGGUCUCCGCGGGGACAGUGCCCUAGGUGCCCCUAGCACCCCCGAGGCCUUCUAUGCAGGCAGCCGCGGGGGACCACCAGUGCAGGACACAGGCCCUGCCAGCCCCUACAGUAGCACCGGCAAUGGGGGCUUCACCUUUGGUGGGGAUGGCCCUGGUGCCCCUGCGGGGACUGCUGCCCCUGAGGACUGUGACUUCAGUUUCGACUUCUUGGCACUGGACCUGACCGUGCCCGCUGCAGCCACCAUCUGGGCCCCCUUUGAGCGGGCCGCACCCCUGCCCGCCUUUACUGGCUGCUCAGCUGUCAAUGGGGCCACAGCGCCUCCUGCCACCAGCGCCCGGCGCAGCAGCGGGACAGGGACUCCCAGCCACUCGCCCACACUGCCUGAGCCCAGUGGCCUGGGCUUGGAGCUCCCCCUGGCCCGCCGGGGUGCCCCCGACCUGGUGGGUGCGCUUCCCUGGCGGCCCCCUCAGGGCUCCCUGCCCUUUCCUGGUGGCACUGCCUUCUCCGCAGCCACCUCACUGCCCAGCAGCGCCCCAGCAGCCUCCUGCUCCCCGCUGGACUCCAGCACCUCCGAGAGCAACCGCAAGCCCUCAAUGGCUGCAACUGUGGCCCCCGGACCCCCGGCGACGUCAGCCUCCCCAGCCUUGGCACGGGAGUGCGUGGUGUGCGCCGAGGGCGAGGUGAUGGCCGCGCUGGUGCCCUGCGGCCACAACCUCUUCUGUAUGGACUGCGCUGUCCGAAUCUGCGGCAAGAGUGAGCCCGAGUGUCCUGCAUGCCGCACCCCGGCCACACAAGCCAUUCAUAUCUUUUCUUAGCAUGGGCCUCUAUGUGGCCCUGAGCUGGCUUCCACCAGGGCCAGCUGCAGGCAACAGGGGUGGGCAGGGGCGAGGGGGAGCCAGACCUGGGCCAGGGGGGCUGGGCCAGUGUUUACAGACGAGCUUUAACUCCUGUCCCAGGCGUGGAGACUGCGAGCCCGCGACCCGGCUGCACCUCAGUUCUUAACAAAUAACAGUAUUGAGUCCACAGGUUACAAUAAACCAGAGAGAAAAGGUCUCCUUGCACUUUUAUUUAAGACACCCCCACCUCCAGGGUGAUCUGUAAAACAAGAAAACACAAUUUUUACAACUCUCAGUGUGCUCCUUUUGUACACAGCAGUUUUCUGAUUUCACAGUGUUCUCAGCGGCCUCAGACUGUAUAGACAUUUCUGCAAGGAGGAUAGUGACAUUUUUAUUCCCUUUUCUGGGCUAACUGUUUACCCUUUUGUAAGUCAGCCACCCUAGGCUGGAGGGGGGUGGGGGGCAGGGUC